AUGGCAGCUGACAGAUUAUUUUGGAAAAUUGUAUUGGACUUUAUAGUGUUAGUAUGCGUGGCGUUUCCCCUCCUGGCGUUGUUGCUAUGGAUAGAGCCGUACGAACGAGGAUACUUCGUAGAUGAUCUGUCUCUCCGGCUGCCGUAUAAAGAACAACAAGUAUCCAUAGGAGUGCUGGCUGGGGUUGGCUUCGCCUUCAUGAUUGCCACGAUACUCGUAGUAGAAAUUGUUCGGGAUAAACAAGGUAAAACUGCAGGUGAGAAAUUCCUCGGGAGCACCCUAGUUGCGGGUUGGAUUUGGGAGAGUUACAAUACUAUUGGGGUAUUUGUAUUCGGGGCCGCCUGUCAGCAGCUGACGUCAGACCUUGCUAAACCUGUCAUUGGAAGACUGAGGCCGCAUUUCUUUUCAGUAUGUGCACCGCUUCCGCUGGAUAAUGAACAGUUGUACAUCCAGCAGUACCAAUGCACGAACAACUUAGAUAAUCCGGCGCUGCUCAGGGACAUGAGACUUUCAUUCCCUAGCUCUCAUGCCAGCUUCUCUAUGUAUUGUGCAGUUUUCUUUGUUCUCUAUAUACAAGUGAAGGGGAAGUGGCGCGGGUCGAAAUUACUCCGCCAUGGGAUGCAGUUUGUCGUGAUAUUAGCCGCUUGGUACGUCGGGCUGUCUAGGGUGGUAGAUCACAUGCACCACUGGGGAGAUGUGGCCGUUGGAUUUGCUAUAGGAGCAACAUAUGCCUUACUUGUGUUCCACUUCGUGCUGAAGCCCAAGAAAUACAGCGUCUUACCAACGCAGUGGGAGGAUCCUGCCCCAACAAACAUUCUGCCACGAGUUGGACUUCCGCGAUGA